GCAGCGCAAACAGGACUGAGACACAAACAUCAUCUACCUGCAGAGAAGAGGAAUUCACACCAGUGGAAAUGAUCGAGGAAAACAAUUCUGAUUCUGGAGAUCAUGGCCAUGAUGACUCCUCUACUACAAACCCCCAGUCUCUGGCCCAGAUGAAGAGGCUCUCAGUGGUGCUGGUGGACUGCUGUAGACCACAAGGACCGCGAGGGACGGACAUGCAGGAGCAGACCGACGGAGAUGAUGCAGAACAGCCCGAGACCAAGCCAGCAUCUCUGGCCCAGAUGAAGAGGCUAUCAGUGGUGCUGGAUUGCUGUAGACCACAAGGACAGCGAGACAAGAACAUGCAGACCAAUGGAGAUGCAGAACAGCCUGAGACCAUUGUUGAAAGGAUCGCAAAUGGGAAGAGUUUCAAGAGGGGGUCAGAUCUCAACCCACAUCAAACAACACAUACUGGACAAAAGCCAUAUCGGUGUACUACAUGUGGGAAAGGUUUCAAAACCAGCAGAAACCUCACUGUACAUCAGAGAAUACAUACUGGAGAAAGGCCAUAUCACUGUUCAGAGUGUGGAAAGUCUUUUUUGCUCAUGCAGGUUGUCUCAAGACACAUCUGAUGAUCCAUACUGGGGAAAAGCCAUAUCAGUGUACUACAUGUGGAAAGAGUUUUAAAACCAACCUAGAGCUCACUAUCCAUAAGAGAACACACACUGGAGAAAAGCCAUAUCAGUGUUCAGUGUGUGAUAAAGAGUUUUGCUCAGAUGAGUAAUCUCAAGACACA